AUGCCUCACUCAGUAUCUCCCCCCGGCUCAGCGCCCCGAAAUGACGACGAGGCCAUGCCCGAUGCCCCUACAGAGGGCAAUGGAGUUAAACUAGAAGACAUGUUUGACGAUGACGAUGAUGAAGAAUUUCCGGCGUCAAGCGCACCUGCGCAGGAUGUCAAAAUGGAGAGCUCGCCAGUACCUAUACCGGAGCCGAUGCCAACUUCAUCCGGCGUGGAUCCGGAUGUCAUGCUCGCCUUUUACCAGCGCCUUUUCCCCUUCCGAUAUCUCUUUCAAUGGCUCAACCAUGGAGUUGUGCCCACUCGAGACUUUGGCAACCGCGAGUUUGCAUUGACACUCCAGAAUGAUGCAUAUCUUCGAUACCAGUCAUACCCAACCGCAGACCUUUUUCGGAAAGAUAUCUUGAGAAUGAACCCCUCCCGUUUCGAAAUUGGUCCCGUUUACAGCACGAACCCCCGAGACCGCAAGACCCUCCGCGGGGGGCAGAUGAAACCGGUCUCUAAAGAAUUGGUUUUCGAUAUUGAUAUGACUGAUUACGAUGAUAUUCGAACAUGUUGCUCUGGCGCUAGCAUUUGCGCCAAAUGUUGGGCGUUCGUCACAAUGGCUAUUAAAGUGAUCGACGCUGCGUUACGGGAGGAUUUCGGCUUCGAACACAUCCUUUGGGUCUAUUCCGGUCGUCGUGGUGCUCACGCGUGGGUCUGUGAUCCCCGCGCUCGAAACAUGUCAGAUGAUCGUAGGAGGGCUAUCGCUGGUUAUCUUGAGCUUGUAAAGGGAGGCUCUUCAAGUGGCAAGAAGGUCAAUGUGAAGCGCCCUCUACACCCUCACAUUAAUCGCAGUCUGGAUAUUCUGAAGAACGGCUUUGGGCAGACAACACUUGUCGAUCAAGAUACAUUCGCAAGUCCUGAGCAGUCGGAGAAGCUUCUCAAUCUGCUUCCAGAUAAAUCGCUCAACGACGCCCUGCGCAGGAAAUGGGAUUCAUCUCCCGAUCGCCCCAGUACCAACAAAUGGGCCGAUAUCGAUUCUUUGGCGAAAACAGGAAAAAGCAGCACAUUGAACACCAGUAUCCUGCGUGAUGCAAAGCAGGAUAUCGUAUUGGAAUAUACCUACCCGCGUCUUGAUGCGGAAGUCAGCAAGAAAAUGAUUCACUUGUUGAAGAGUCCAUUUGUUAUUCAUCCUGGUACUGGCCGAAUCUGUGUUCCCAUCGAUCCCAAGAAAGCAGAACAAUUUGAUCCUCUCUCUGUUCCGACAGUUCUGGAACUACUUGGCGAAAUUGACACUUAUGAUGCGACACACCCGGCAGGUACAGGGGAGGUCGACAUGCCUGGUGUAGAGGGUAGUGCAGCUAAUGGUUCUGACACGAAGGGUUCUCGAAAAAUGCAUGACUAUGAGAAGACUAGUCUGAAGCCCUACAUUGACUUCUUCCGAACCUUUAUUGCGAACUUGCUUAAGGAGGAACGGACUGUCAAGCGGGAGCGGGAUGAGUCUGGUCCAGCAGUGAAAGCUGAUCCAAUGGAGUUCUAA